AUGCGCCUCAUACAGUCGUGUUCCCCUAAUCAGAUUUUGCGAAUGCAUGCCAGAUUUUACAACCCCUGGAUAGGUAUUUUGCGGAUCAGAUUCCACCUUCAGAGACUUUGGCCUCCCUGACAGACUGACCUGCCCUCCCAAGCAAGGUGUGAGGACCCUCAUCCUUCCUGUCUCCACACACUCCCAUUCUUCUUCUCCUCUCCUGCCGCACCUCUCAGGGCACAAUGGACCUGUCUGUGCAGGAGCUGUUUCUGAACUUCACAGUAGUCUUGAUAACUGUGCUGCUCAUGUGGAUCCUAGUCAAGACCUACCAGGCCUGAACCACCAGGGGACAGAUACAGGGGGAGCGAGAUGAAGGGCUGAGAAAUGGGGGGAACUGGGUGGUACAUUCCAAUCCAGUUACUGCAGUUGCAAACAAUCUUGAAAGCUUAUUGGGCGACAGGUAGCCUAGUGGUUAGAGAAGUGGGCCAGCAGCCCGGGUUGCUGGCAUCAUCCUGCUGUUGUGCCCUUGAGCGAGGCACUUGACCCCCUACAAAUUCUCUGCGGCUGAUCCAUGCGUCUGACCAAUUGCUUCCAGUCCCUUAUGUGUGUGUUUGUCUCAGGGGUUUGGGGUGUGAGCAUAAAGACACAUUUCCAUUAACGGACAACAUAGUGAACGGACAAUAUAGUGAACGGACAAUAUAGUGAACGGACAAUAUAGUGAACGGACAAUAUAGUGAACGGACAAUAUAGUGAACGGACAAUAUAGUGAACGGACAACAUAGUGAACGGACAAUAUAGUGAACGGACAACAUAGUGAACAGACAAUAAAGUGAACGAACAAUAAAGUACAAUACAUCUUAUAUUAUCUUAACUCUGCAACAUAGCAGUUGCACGUGGUCCCUGACAAAUGGGACCAUGUGAAUACAAGAAUGUGUACAAGAAUACAAGAAAUUGAAAGGUAUAGAUAUAUAUAGAUAUAGAUAUAGCUCCACUGCUUCAGCUGUCUGCUAAGAAAGACAUGCAGUUCCUCACUCCUGCCUCUUAGAGGGACUGUUGUG